CAUAAAGUUGCAUAACUUGUUCAUAGGAGAGGAAAUGCAGAUGGUGGUUCUUCUAUUAGUUUUACAAUCAUUGUAGCAAUUGUUCUCUAAUUGUACCGUGUAUUAUCCUCACUAUCCUUCUGUCGGUGCUCUCUUGGUUUUACUGACCUUCUUCCUGCCUCACUCGGGACCAGGCACCUCCCGGAGAGAUCUUUCUGUUGAUGGAAAAUCAUAGUCAGGAUUUCUGAAGAUGGAAAAAGGAUACCCACCACAGGAAUCUGCACCACCUUACCCUGGACCACCUAUGAACUAUGGCCCAGGACCUCAGCCAGAGAUGUACCCUCAGCUGGGCUUCUUACCUGCAGCAGCUCCACCUGCUGGAUACCAGGGAGGUGCUCCUUUUGCUCCGGUCCCGGUUGCACCUGUCACACAAGUAACUCACAUGGUAGUAACACCUGCACUGCAGGAUGUCCCAGGACAAACUGUGUGUCCUCACUGCCAACAUACUGUGAUCACCAAGACAGAGCACACAGCGGGUCUGAUGACGUGGGCCAUUUGCGCCAGCCUCACUCUCUUUGGGUGUUUUCUUUGCUGUUGUAUCCCAUUCUGCAUUGAUUCCUGUCAAGAUGUGGAGCAUCGCUGUCCAUCCUGCCACAGAGUAAUUUACGUAUACAAGCGAAUGUGAAACUAUCCUGACUGUGAAUUGGGGAGAGGAACGCAGUGCUUAUAUAGACAGUAGUUUAUUAAUAGACUUACUUCCUCUGCAACAUUGAUUCAAAACUUAUAUAUGAUAAUAUAUAAGUUAUAUUAGUAAACAGUGGAACAUUUAUUAGGAAGGAAUAUAAACCAAACAAUAUGCCAAUAAAAGUUGCUCUUAUUUGUCCAGUGGUGAA